CGAAAAUGGAGUCAUCAUCAGUAAAACCCAAUCCUUUCCUCUCUUUCCUUAACCACCACUGUACUCGCUUCGCCUCCGACCUCUCCUCCCGUUUCGAAGACACCAAACGUUUCGCAGAAUCCUUAACCACUCGACGUUUCUCUCCUCCCUUAUUCGCCUCCGUCUCGCAAUCCUCCAAGCCUUCCUCCUCGACGACUUUGAAUCCCUCUCUCGUCGCUAAAGCUCUAGCUGGAACCUCCGUGUUUACGGUUAGCAACACUAAUAACGAGUUUGUACUUAUCUCGGAUCCUACGGGAGAUAAGUCUAUCGGUUUGCUCUGUUUCCGACAAGAGGAUGCUGAAGCCUUUCUUGCUCAGGCGCGUCUGCGGAGAAGAGAAUUGAAAACCAAUGCUAAGGUUGUUCCCAUUAAUCUUGACCAGGUGUACUUGUUAAAAGUUGAGGGGAUUUCUUUUCGCUUCUUGCCAGAUCCUAUCCAAAUAAAGAAUGCAUUGGAGCUCAAAUCCUCAACUAGUAAGAAUGGGUUUGAUGGAGUUCCAGUAUUCCAGUCUGAGCUUCUUGUUGUGAGGAAGAAAAAUAAACGUUACUGCCCUGUAUAUUUCAGUAAGGAAGAUAUAGAGAGGGAACUUUCAAAAUAUACACGAGCAUCAAGAGGAGAUCAACAAAUCAUGGUUGGGAGCUUGGAAGAUGUAUUGAGGAAAAUGGAGAGAAGCGAGAAGAAUUCAGGUUGGGAAGAUGUAAUAUUCAUUCCACCAGGAACAAGCUAUGCACAACACAUGCAGGAGGUUAUCAAAGAGAUAAAAUGAUGAUGAGAAACAGCGUAUGUGUAUUUUCAUUUGACAAAAACAGCUUCCCUUGAGAUUUUGCAAUAAAAUCAUUUGCUAGAACUCUCUUACACCACUUAAAACACCAUUCACAUGUUGAUUCAAUGUUUUCAAGAUCUAAUCCAUCUUUCAU